CCGAAUUUUAUGCCGUCAGGAAUCGAAUCGCUUGAGGCUGCAGUCUCCAUGGAGACGCCGCUCGUGACGUCACCGCAAGAUGGCGGCAGAGGAGCAGUGCGUCGUUUGCUCGAGCGACGGGGCCAGCGACGUGGAGAUGUUCGCGUUCAGCGAAGCGACGACCGACUCCGUGGACGCGCCCUUCGACCUGGUCAUCGGCCACCUGGAGGAAAUCAUCAUGGACGGAGGCUUCCAGGAGAUGCAGCGCAGAUUCAUGGACGAGAACUACCGCGAGUUUGAGGACACGGAGGAGAACAAACUCAGCUACACACAGAUCUUCCACCAAUACAUGGAGCUCAUUGAGGGCUAUAUCACCGCUCAGCUGAGUGCGCGAUUGCCUGGGUUCAGCAUGGCUACAUUCGUGCAGUCCCUCCCGGAGCACAAGGAGGAGGUGACAGGAGACAUCUUUGAUCUCUUGCUCACAUUCAGCGACUUCCUCGCGUUCAAGGAGAUGUUUCUGGAUUACCGCGCGGAGAAGGAGGGGCGUGGGUUUGACCUGGGGUCUGGCCUCGUGGUCACCUCUCUGUCCGCAAGUCGGCAAGCCUUGAGAUAGAGGCGCUCGCUCGCUCACUCACCCGCUCGCCCACUCACCCGCUCACUCACCCACUCACUGACUCACCCGCUCACUCACACACUCACAC